AUGCACUUCUUCUUCGCCGCGAACAACCCGCACCCCCCCAGCGCCAGCCUCGAACACGUCCAGGAUGAUCACGUGACAUUGCGCGUGUGCCUGGACGAUGUACAGACCCACAGCGGAGAUGUAUUUAGAGCUUCUUUCGAAUUGGUGGGCCCCAAGAAGUAUGCAGGAAACGUAAAGCUAGAUUACGUCGUGGUGUACCUCUACGGAGUGUACAUCCUCAACCAGGAAAUACUAACUGCUUGUACAAAUGGACCACUUUCAAAUAAGCAUGAAAACAUUAACCUACCUUUCUAUGGACCUAAUGAAAAGGAUGAACAGAAAUUCUUACUCUUCUACUCCAACCCAAUAGUCAUCUGCACCGAUGUGAACUUUGGAACCCCCAGUGAAACAACGCACUACCAUCUCAGUUGUAUCCUUCCACCAUUCCUACCCCCGACGUAUAAUGGGAAGUUCAUCAAAUAUAAGUAUUCCAUGUACGUGCAGGUAGUUAAAAGGCUCUACAGAAAUAGAACCGAAUUUGUAACCAAGCGGUAUGAGCACCAUUUACCUUUGCGCUUACUCAGUGGUAGAUGUAUCCGUUCCCCUGUCUUGGACUUGGUGCUCCUUCCCAUUAAACCAAGCAUCUGUCACCAGGACGGCGACUCCAUUCAUGAAAAUGGCGAAGACCCACUCGACUACCUCUACCAUGAUUUCCGCGCUGAAGUGAUCGACGAGGUGGUGACCCAAGGGGACAACACUUCUCCAGCGCGAUCGAACAAGAACUUCUCCACAAAUAGGGGAAUACUGGAAAGGGGCCCAUUAAGCUCACCCUCUAUUCCGUUGCACCUGUACAAUCAUUUUGGAAAAACGACUCUCGAUAGACUCCUCUGUAUAUACCUUCUCUCUUCUCAGAGAAAAGAAGACUCCUCUCUCUUCCACCUCAACUAUGUCCUCCCAAAUUAUAACUACUUCUAUUAUAUGCACAUGUUUCUGUACGUAGCUCACCACUGUGAUUACUACAGCAGGGAGUUGUCCCUGAGUGGGGAAUUCCAUCAACUUGGCUGCCUCCGCGCCUUUUUCUCGCUUCUGCGCUCGUUUAGUGGGUAUUCCAUAGGUGGUACUUCUGUGGAUAUCAUCCCAGAUGAGCCGAACAAAGAAAAAGAUACACAAACCGAAGGGAAGACAAACCCUGUAGAAGAAGAACUCUCCUCAUCCAUGUCUUUUCUUCAAAACGAUGAUAACCAUAUGCAUGAUACUUACCUGAGCAACUAUCCAGACUUUUUCUUCAAUGAGGUUAAGUAUGUCCCCUUACGAUGGUAUGACAACUUGGUUCUUCAUCAACAAUCCAAUUUCCCUAUCGAGGCAACUGAUGAGGAAGACUUUGCUAAUCUGUACUUGGAAGACAUCAGCUCCGAAUCAAGUAGCGAGUUAGAGGAAGAAGUCGACAUUGGUAAGCAGCCAUGUCCAGAUGGGUGGCACUCAUCCCAAGAGAUGACAAACCAAAGGGUAGAUGAAGCAUCUUAUAAAGGAGACAAGAAUAUUGUAACUUUGCCUGAACAUGGAAAAGGGUUCCUCUUAGACAAAGUCUACACUGCAGUGGACACCAUCAUUAAGUGUAUGGAGGAGGGAGAUAUGUUUAAGCGAAUUAACACGAGGAAGAUAAAGCCACAGAGUUUGUCCCCUCACGUAGCUAGCCACCCAACGGAUGGGGUAGUCGCCUCUCCUGUGAAAGAUAGCCCAAAUGGACAGACAACAAAUAAAGAUGCUUCACAAAAUAUUUAUCGAAUAAACGCCAAUGGAAAGAACAUAUGUCUCAUCACCCUGAUGGAUGGAAUGGACAACCAAGUAACAGAUACCUUCCCAUGCGGUGGCAUCAUCAACGUGCAGCUCUAUUUUGGCGAUGCAACCAUCUUCACAGUACAUGUAGAUGUACGUUUGAAAAGGAUCGAACAGGUAAAGAUAGAUCCAACGAUUCUAACACUGCAGAGGAAUAAUAUACAUGAUGAAAUUGUAAUCCCAGAUGAAACACGCACUUCCAUGGAUUCAGAAGGGAAAUCUCACCAUUGUAUCUCUAGCUGUAAAUUAAUUAAUGAAAGGAAUGUCUCUACCCUUCACUGCUCCAUAAAGAAUGUCAACUUUGUUCUAGGGGAAGGUGUCGUUCCUUCUUUUUCAAAUGACACGGUCAGCGUUGACUACCUCCUUGACUUUGAUUUCUUCUGCCAUGGCAAGGAGGGCGGAACAAACAUGGGCGAAAGGAUGGAACUUCCUUAUCAUACCAAUCAAAUGGUCCACCAAACUAACAAAGGCUACAAGGUUAAUGGAGCCAAUGAAGAGAAGGGAUCGGUCCAAGGGGGAGAAAGCAACGAAUGGAAUAAAGCCGAGACACAAGGGAGAAUACAUUCCGACUCUCUCCACCUGAACGAAUUCCUCGAUGAUAACAUUUAUAGUCUUACCUUUCGCAUCCCCAUCCACAUCAUCGAGCCAGCACACAACGUCUGUCCACACGACGUCUGUCCACAAGAUGUUUGCCCACAAGAUGUUUGUCCACAAGAUGUUUGUGCGUACGAUACGGGCAGUAAUACGAACCCUACUGGGCAUGCUAAACAAGUGAGCACAAGCGAGGGGGGACCCACCAGCCACCUCCUCUUACAGAACAGCCACAAAUUUAUGUACGCUGAUAUGCGUCACUUCGUGCGCACCUUGAAGAUGUGA